CACUCAAUGCCAGCGAUUGGUGUGAAAUUACACAUCAGUUUUAGAUUAAAUUUUUUGUUCAAUGGUUUCGUAAUAAUCAUUGAAUAGACGACUCAAUUGAAUGCAAUCAUGAGGUGUAUUGAACUGUAUUUAAGUGUAUUAGUCGUGUUAACCAGCCAAGUGGUGGCGUCCAUGGGGUCGGAGAUGUCUGCCGAGGAAUGCCUGGCCAUAGGGUACCGCAAGUCCGACGUGUCGUGCCUUCGCUGCAAAGAACUCAUUAAAUUCGAGUUGUUUUCGAUGAGAGACUCGUGUCUGAAGUGCUGCUCGAAAGAGACGGACGCCGAAGAGUCGACUAAAACCUAUUCCUCUGCGCGCCUGGAUAUGUGUAACUGCAAAUUGGGUGCCUUUCCACAGAUCGCCGCCUUCAUCAAAGAGAGGGGCCGUAAGUUCGGCUCGUUUUCGCACCGACACGUGGGCGGCGCCUACCCUAUACUCAAACUGCUGGACAGCGGGGGCCGUGUGGUGGACGAGCUGAACAUCCAGAAGUGG